UAUAGCGACAUCGAUUGUAGCGCGUAAAGCACGUGUGUAUUUAUAUAUAUAUACGGGAGGACAGUUGUGCAGCCGGCUUAUACGCCCGGGUCUCGCGCGUAUAUACAAUUGGCGUCACCGCACGGCCGUUCAAUAUAUACUGAGGACGUGAAUGAUGAGCGUCAUCAUGCUUUCGUCAGUGGUUAUUCUCUUGACACUGUGGAGCGGCAUACAGGCGCAGCAGUUCAUCGGAGAGAACGUUUCGACCGUCAAAUCGCCAUUUUCCUCGCAAAAGCAGUUGCAGCCGGAGACGGACCCGUGGACAGCCGCUGGACUGGUGCAGGACCUUUCGCUGGGUGCUGCGCCAGUGGCCCUCCUAAAGGUCACUUACGGGAUAACUUCAGUGAAGAUUAACGGUACGCUGACGCCCGAGCAAACAGCCGAAAUUCCUGCUGUAGCUCUGGCCGGCGCCAUCAACUGCAUGCCAUCGUUCUCUUUGGUCAUGUUGGACCCGGACGCGCCGAGCCGUAAACAUCCUACGCUACGCAGCUGGUUGCAUUGGAUGGUCGUCAACGCCAACAGCACACGGAGGCUGGACAAAGGCGAGCUGGCGAUGCCGUAUAAUGGUCCAACUCCGCCCGAAGGAUCGGGACCUCAUCGAUACGUUUUCUUAGCUUUCUGUCAAGGCGGCAAGAGCGUGGACCUUAUGAAAUUCCAGAGGCGGCGUAGGAAGAAAUUUCAUUUGAAAAAGUUCCAACAGAAAAUAGGUAAUGCGGUGCCGUUCGGUGGCACAUUCUUUUACGCCGAGAACGUCGGAAGGAUAAAAAGUCCUCCAAAGUGACUUCUGCAACAGGAAUUAAAAUUUUAAACUUCACGGAGCGAAGGACAUUGCGAUCGAGGAACAGUUGUUUGGGAAGGCCUUAUACGUACUUAUGAUUGAUUUCAUGGUCAGGUGCUUGUGAACAUUUUUGAGAAGUUCAUAGCAAUGAUCGCAACGACUGUGACAUAACGAAUCGAAUGGUAAACAAUUGUCGUCGUUUG